AUGCCCGCAGUGCCCACCGUGUUGCCCGCGGAGCUCCCCGAUGUACCCACCAUGGCUCCGAUCGAGCUCCCCGACAUCAGCUCGCCUCCUCCCACGAAGCCGGUCGCGGGCAUCAAUGGGACCCAGUGUUCCGCAUAUCCCGCCUGCGUGGCUGCAGGAAUCAAGGAGGGAGAGUGCUGCCCGACGAAAGCCAACGUGCCUCUGGGAUGCUGCUCUGGCAUUAUGCCACCGCCAGCAGUGAAGGAGGAGGGUGGCAAGAAGAACCCGUUCGCCAAAGCAACCGCCUCAUGCUCGCUCUACCCCAAGUGCAUGCACCUUGGCUUGACAGGUUCGUGCUGCCCUGCACCAAACGGCGCCAAGCUCGGAUGCUGCGACGAUUAA